GCCAAAUUGACAUAUUUAGGGCACGCCAAAACAUUCAUCAUUGUAUGCUUGUAUUUGCACGUGAACAGAAGACAGUUUUCUCUCAUUUGUCGAUUCGAUAUUUUUCUAGAAAUUUUAGGGAUCAUAUUUGUGUUUACGGCAUUUGUGAAUUUCAAAAAUAAUGCCUAAAUAUUAUUGUGACUAUUGUGACACAUAUUUAACACACGACUCACCCAGUGUGCGGAAGACACAUUGUACAGGUCGAAAGCAUAAAGACAACGUGAAGUUUUAUUAUCAAAAAUGGAUGGAAGAACAAGCUCAACAUCUUAUAGACGCCACUACAGCGGCCUUCAAAGCUGGAAAAAUUGCACAAAAUCCAUUUGGAAACAAAGGAGCAGCUAUUCCUCCUCCUUGGGAUCCUUCUGUAAUGGGUCCAGGAGGACCUAGACCUCCAGUUCCUGCUCCCGGAGGUCCACCGGGAAUGUUGCCGCCACCUUCAAUGGGACCAGGCGGCCCAAUGGCACCUCCUAUGAUGAUGGGUCCACAUGGACCUAUGCCUCCGAUGAUGGGUAUGAGACCACCUAUGAUGGGGCCUUUGAUGGGACCAAUGGGGCCUAUGGGCCCAAUGGGUCAAAUGCGACCGCCGCUUAUGAAUGGGCCACCUAUGAAUAAAUAGCGGUAAAUACAAGUGUAAGGACUAUUGAUACUAUCUAAACGUUACUUUUGUGUUCAUAACAUGCAGUAAAUAGUUUGAUUGUUGACAAUCAAGCCGUUACCAUAAUUAGGUACUAUGUAAUGUAUUUGGUUUGUAAAAAUUUUGUUUUAGAACAAUAAAUUAUACUUACUUUCUAUGUUACAUUUUCAACAAAAUUAAAAAUUGUGUAAAUAAUAGAGUGUUAGCAAUAUGAAGAUCAAUAACUUUAAGAUCUAGUUGAUAAAUUUGCUAAUAGAUGAAUAAAUAUUUUUUAAGACAA